AUGUCCCGACGAACACCAAUUAAAGCCCGUGUAAAAGUGUGUAAUAAAUCUGUGUUUCACCUUCAAGAUAAAAAGGCUGAUGAAAAUGAACUAUCAAUUGGCUUAAUUAAAUCGGCUAAGCGUACAGGACAGCUGAGCUUAUGCAACCGGGGUUUGGGCACUGUACCUGAAAAUGUUUGGAAAAUUGAUGAACUUGUUAUGGACGAUACUAGAGAGGUAGACUUUGCCAGAUCAGAUCAAGGUAAUUGGUGGAACUGUGAACCUUUAAAAAUGUUAGACCUCAGUUCCAAUGUCGUUAACACUAUAUCUCCGAAUGUCAAGCUGCUGCAAGAACUUGUUACACUCAAGUUGCAUGACAAUGCAUUGACAUCUUUACCAGCAGAAUUAGGGCAGUUAAAAAAUUUAUCAAAUCUAAGCUUAGAUCAUAACAAAAUAAAAGAGUUGCCAAUAGAAUUUUAUAAACUAACAGAAUUGCGAUGGCUAAGCAUAUCUCAUAAUGAAUUAAACAUAAUUCAAGCUGAUUUUGGAGAUUUGGUUAUGCUCACAUUUUUGGACCUCUCCCACAAUAAGUUACCAUCUCUGCCACCUGGUAUGGGAUAUCUGGUAAGGCUAGUGGAACUUAAUUUGUCACACAAUGAACUUAUGGAACUACCACCAGAUAUUGUUAAUUUGAGAGAUUUGAAAAAAUUUAAUAUUAGCAAUAAUAAUUUGAAGAAGCUACCAGCAAUGGGUGAGUUAAGAAAAAUGGAAAUACUUGAUGCAAAUCAUAAUGACAUUGAACAGUUGCCUGAUUUCUAUGGGUGCACAGCAUUAAAGGAAAUAUAUUUAGCAAACAAUUUUAUAAAGGAAAUUACUGAAGAAUUUUGCGACCAAAUACAACAUUUGAAUGUGUUAAAUAUAAGGGAUAACAAAUUGGAAGCAAUACCAGAAAACAUAUCAUUGCUGAAGAAACUAAAGAGACUUGAUUUGACAAAUAAUAAUUUAAAUAAGUUACCGCGUAAUCUAGGUUUGUUGUCCCAGUUACAAAGUAUUAGUAUGGAGGGCAACAAAUUGUCAUUCGUGCGUCAGGACGUGAUUCGAGGGGGAACUGACCGCAUGAUGAAAUACUUACGGGAUCGCAUCACAGAGGAAGUUGUUGGGGAGACCAGAUACGAAUCUGAGUGGCCAGAUAAGUACACGUUAAAAAAAAGUCAGUCUCUGACGGUGCCAUCCCGUGAUCUGACCUUAAUACCCGACGAAGUGUUCCGAACUGCGGCAGAAGCUGAAGUUCAUAUCGUGGAUAUAUCGAGGAACAAGUUGCAAGCUUUUCCUAAAGGUAUAUCAAUACUAAGCGACACGUUAUCCCAGCUAAUAUUAUCAUCAAACAGUAUUGAGAAUGUUCCGUCUGAGAUAAGCCGAUGUUCCCAUCUGCAGUUUCUUGAUCUGGCCAAAAAUUGUAUUGCCGAUCUCCCCAUAGAAUUUGGGGGAUUGAAAAAUUUGAGAGAACUCGUCAUAUCCAAUAAUAAGUUCACAAAAAUCCCGCGAUGUGUAUACGAGCUGGACAAUUUGGAGAUCCUCUUGGCUGCAGAAAACCAGGUCACAGAGAUCAACAUAUCCUCGGAUGCUCUCGCAAAGCUUAAGAAGCUGGCUGUACUGGACCUCACCAAUAACAGUAUUAUUAGCGUACCUCCGGAGCUUGGCAACUUUACACACCUCAGGUCAUUAGAACUGAUGGGUAAUUGCUUUAGACAACCUCGGCACGCAAUACUUGCGAAGGGAACCGCUUCGGUUCUGUCAUAUCUCAGAGAUCGGAUACCUGUCUAG